AUUGUGGUUUAUUAUAUACUGUAUAAAGACAUACAAUAAAUAGACAUAUAUAUUAAGACAUAUAGAGCUAGAAAAAAAAGGCUGAAUUUAUUCUAUGUUUACCGUAUAAAACUUUUUUAUUUUUUUAUUUGGCUGAGAAAUAUUUUCAGCCUCAAUUAUUUGAAUAAAUUUCAAGCCAACCUGCCAACAAAUUACACAAAAAUUGCCAAAACGAAAUAUUCGUCUUAUAUAUUCGAUUUUUUACAAAUACAUUCCCAACAUCGAUAGGUUUCUAUGCUAAACAUUUCAAACACUUUCAGAAACAUCUGAAACCUUAAAUCCAUCCGAUAUUUUAUUCGAUAAAAGUCAUGACAAUUAUUUACAUUUUUAAAUGUAUAAAAUUUCCAUUAAUUUAAUUUAUAAUUUAAUUUUUUUAACCACAAGUUAUAAAAAAAUGUACCCAUUAUUAUGAAAAGGUGAGAUUUGAAGCUUGCAUAAAAAUUGUUUGGCAGAACUGCGUUCCUACAAAUGACCGCUAUAUAUUUCCAUAGAACUUUACUUUCCCUUACGUCCCUGUUCAGCAGCACAACAUUUGGGGAAUUCCUCCACCUUAGCUGAUAGGACUGGUGGAGUUUUAAUGGAUGAAGCCUUAGUCUAUAUAAUGAACUCCACCCCCAUUGUUUUUUAUGUAAAGUGAGUAAGUUUACUGUUCUGAUUGUAGACCCACAAGGGGGGGGGGGGGGGGGGGGGUUGCUUAUCAAGCAUUUUACAUAUCUUUCGGUGAGGUGCAAAUUUUGGUGCAUUGAUAGUUUUGCAAUUUUUUUGUAAGAAUUUUUGUCCUGAAGUGAUUUUUGACAAACUUGAACUAUUUUGCCCUUAGGCCAAUGGUUGUGAAUUUAUCAUGUACGACUUUACUCCAAAUGUCCCAAAUUUUGACGCAGAGUGCUCUAAAUGUCGCAAACCAAUACCAGCAAUCUUUACACUUACAGAACUUGCUUACAACACCUUCAGAGAAGCAAAAAUCCAUGUGCACAAGCGCCAAAUUUAUCACACCAUGUGCGUUAUCUGAUAAAUUAGUUUUACAAACGUGUGUAGCUUAAAGGGGUACUCUGCCCCUAGACAUCUCAUCCCUUAUCCAAAGGAUAGGGGAUAAGAUGUCUGAUCGCGGGGGUCCCGCCGCUGAGUACCCCCGCGAUCUCGGCUGCGGCACCCCAGACAAUCGGUGAAUGAAGUGAACUUCGCUCCAUGCCGGAUGACUGGCAGGGCGGAGGCUCGUGACAUCACGGUCAUGGGGACCCCACAGAAGGAUGUUACCAUAAAAGCUGAUGCCCCCAAAACUCUCCUGCUGGAAAAACACUCGGAGUAUAUUGAAUCGUAUGGAGCAAAGAAAGAUGACUAUGAGUACUGUAUGUCAGAAUACCUGCGGAUGAGCGGGGUGUACUGGGGUCUGACCGUUAUGGAUCUGAUGGGUGAACUGCACCGUAUGAACAAGGAGGAGAUCCUGACGUUCAUCAAGUCCUGUCAGCACGAAUGUGGCGGCUUCAGCGCUAGUGUGGGACAUGACCCCCAUCUCCUGUACACACUGAGCGCCAUACAGAUUCUGACCCUUUUCGACAGCCUUUCUGAAGUGAACACAGAAAAAGUGGUGGCGUACGUGACGUCCCUACAGAAAGAAGACGGCUCAUUUUCUGGAGACAAAUGGGGGGAAAUAGAUACCCGGUUUUCCUUCUGUGCCGUUGCAACGCUAGCACUUUUGGGGAAGCUCAGUGCCGUGAACAUAGAGAAGGCCAUAGAGUUUGUUUUAUCGUGUAUGAAUUUUGAUGGCGGCUUCGGGUGCAGACCUGGAUCGGAGUCUCACGCUGGGCAGAUCUAUUGUUGCACAGGAUUUCUGGCAAUUACAAACCAACUGCACCAGAUAAACGCUGACUUGCUGGGCUGGUGGCUUUGUGAGCGGCAGCUGCCAUCAGGGGGACUCAACGGGCGCCCAGAAAAGCUCCCUGAUGUCUGCUAUUCCUGGUGGGUUUUGGCUUCUCUAAAAAUUAUUGGAAGACUUCACUGGAUAGACGGAGAGAAGCUGCGACUGUUUAUUCUGGCCUGCCAGGAUGAGGAGACCGGGGGGUUUGCAGACCGGCCCGGGGAUAUGGUGGAUCCAUUUCAUACCCUGUUUGGCAUCGCCGGAUUGUCUCUCCUAGGAGAAGAAGUAAUUAAGCCAGUAAAUCCAGUGUUCUGUAUGCCGGAGGAAGUCCUCCGCAGGAUGAACGUGCAGCCGGAGCUUCUGAGCUGAAGCCUGAAGGAAGAGAAGUGUCGCCAUGAUCAGCUGCUAUUGUUCCCGCGCUCUUAACUCUGGCACUAUAGAAAGAAGCAAAGGGACAGAGUCAGGGACGUUCGUCUCCACUUCUUGUAUAGCUUUUAAUUUAAUUUGUAUCUAUUUGUGAUUUUUUUGUAUUUUUUUUUUUCUUUUAAGAGCCAUUACACUGUUGAUUUCAGUGAGGGGAUUUUGCUAUGUUCUGUAACAUCUUACUAACUGUGCAGAAGGAGCUAAAUAAAGAUGUAUAUGCAGAGGAAUGGGAGAUUUAUCAGAAUCCUACUGU